AUGCACGUGAUGGGCGGGGUGCAGUCCGGCGUCCAGGCCGUGCACCACACUACUGGGCUACCCUGGUGGGCCACGAUUGCCGUGGCAACGAUCGGCGUGAAGAUUUCGCUGCUGCCCGUGGUGGUGUACCAGGCGGGGCAUAUGGACCGCAUGAGAGCGGCUUGGCCAGAGAUACAGAUCUUGAGGGGCUACCUCGCCACUUCCCUUGAAGAGAUACCCCAAGAGCGCGUGCUAGAACGAUGGCGAAAGUACAAGGUCUUCUUUUCGGGCGCUCGCGGGGUAUUAGGGCUGCACGGGACCCACUUACGGGGGAUGUUCGCGACACCGCUGGUCAACUUGCCGGUGUUCAUUACGUUCGUCUGGUCGAUCCGGGGGAUGCUGCGAGAUGGAACAGUGCCUGGCUUGGAUACAGGCGAGGCCGAUACUGUACAUUCCCUCAUGCUACCAAUCAUUGGAACGCUGUGCACGUACACAAGCUUGGAGAUAGUCAAGAUGAAGGGCGCCACGGGAUGGAUGAAGUUUUUCCAAGACGGGAUGCAGACGUUCAUCAUCUUGAUGCUCCCCUGGGUCAGCACUUUCCCUCAGGGCGUGUUCAUGUACUGGAUACCUUCUGCAGUAUUCCAGAUGGGUCAGACGUACACCAUGAAGAACAACAAGGUGCGCGAACUCCUCGGGUUGAAGCCGCUGGGUCUCCCACCCAGGGAAGCCGCCGGCGCCACGCCAUCGCUAGCACCAGCACCAGCACCAGCACCAAUACCAGCGCCGAAAGCCAUCGGGGGCUAG